AUGGCUCAGUUGCUCUCACCAGUUUGCACAGAUGCACUCAAAUUCCAGAACCCAUUACAGAGUUUCUGUCCAAGAAACAGAUGUCCCAUUGCGGGUAAAAACAGUGUGAGUUGGAGCAAUCAUGGUGGAAAAAGGAAGAGUCUUGGGAGAAUGAGGGUUGCCUCUCAGGACUCUGUAUCUUAUGAAGACAUUGCAGAUGAUUAUUAUGCUGUAUUGGGUCUGCUUCCUGAUGCUACACCAGAGCAGAUAAAGAAAGCCUAUUACAGUUGCAUGAAAGCUUGCCAUCCGGAUUUGAGUGGCGAUGAUCCUGAGACAACAAAUUUCUGCAUGUUCAUAAAUGAGGUUUAUGAUGUUCUCAGUGAUCCAGUGCAGAGAAUGGUUUAUGAUGAAAUUCAUGGAUAUGCUUUGACUGCAACCAACCCCUUUUUGGAUGAUUCCUGCCCUAAGGAUCAUAUAUUUGUUGAUGAGUUUAGCUGCAUAGGUUGCAAGAAUUGUGCCAAUGUCUGCCCAGAUGUAUUUGCCAUUGAGGAAGACUUUGGAAGAGCUAGAGCUUAUAGCCAGUCUGGACAGCCUGACUCAGUUCAACAAGCAGUUGAAAGCUGCCCAGUUGAUUGUAUUCAUUGGACUUCUGCUGCUCAGUUGUCACUGCUAGAAGAUGAAAUGCGAAGAGUAGAAAGAGUAAACGUUGCCUUGAUGCUCUCGGGGAUGGGUUCAGCAUCUGUAGAUGUCUUCCGGAUGGCGACAGUUAGAUGGGAAAAGCGACAAGCCAAAGUCUUGGAAAAGGCUAGAAUGAGAAUGGUGAAGCAGAAAGAUUCCAGUAAAACUCAAAAUUAUUGGAGCAACCUCUGGGGCGAUGCCAAAGAUUAUGAAAAUGCAGAGGAAAAAGUGAAAGAGAGGGCGGCAAGAGCUGCUGCAGCUGCUCGUAGGUGGAGAGAGUACUCUAGACGGGGUGCUGACAAACCUCCGACCUUCAAACUUCCGGAAGCAGUCUCUAACAAGGAAUAGUGAGCAUAAUCUCGACACCCUUUAGAUAUCUGCGCGUAUAUAUGUAAAUUCCGGACAUGCAUGCAUGAUUAAUUAUCGGAGUCAUGUAUCGUAUGUAGAACUGUAUAUAAACUUGUAAUUUGUGAUGAAGAUAGGUAGAAAUACAGCAGAUUAUUGCUUUUACAAGAAUACAAAUCUUAAGGUAACUUGCUAUUAUUCCUGCAAUAAUAUCCAUACUUAGCUCUUGCUUUGAA